AUGCCUACCCGGCAGCAGCAAAGCGAAGAGUUCAAUGAGUUUUCUGUCUCCAGUCUUACAAUAGCCCUGCAGUGUGGUUCACUUGGAAAAUUGUAUGCUGCGAGCCUGGUUGAAGCUUAUCAAAGCGGCAAGCCCCAAGAGCGCCAGAAGAGGCAGAGCGGCAAGAGCAGGGCUGUCACUCUUGCCACCACUGAUCUGCACCACCAUGUUCACCUUACUGCUUCAGAAACGGAACCUGGCGCUGGGCCUCGAUUUCAGUACCACAAGACAGCCAGAGAUGAGAGGAGGUUUCGCGCAGUCAGAAAGUGGAAUCUCUGGCUGGAGGAUAAGAAGAUAUUAGACCAUGCGUUGCUCAUGCAGGAAUGCCCUUGGGAUCCAGAUGUGGCCGCAGUCGCCCGAUACAGGGCAGAACUGAGGCAAUGUUGCAAGGCUUCUUCCUUGCUGGUCCUAACCAAGGAAAACACACCCCUGGGGUCAAGCAUUGUUUUUGAGGAAGAGGGAAAGAAGCUGCCUGUGAAUGCUGAGCUGCUGGACCUGCUCCCAGAGAGAUCAACCAUCUCAGACUCUCACCAUCAGCACUGCGCAGUGGUGGGUAAUAGUGGCAUCCUACAGAAGAGCCGCUGUGGGCAGGAGAUUGACCGGGCAGAUCUAAUAGUCAGGUUCAAUCUGCCUCCCAUGAAUUUCUCUGAAGAUGUGGGAACCAAGACGAGCCUGGUGACCCUGAACCUCAACGUCCUGGAUUCAAAAUUCAAGGGUUUGCUGGCCCGGCGGAAGCCUUUUGCAGAUGCUCUGCGCCCCUAUAGGGGCACCCUGUUCCUCAUCCCCUUUUUUGCCUCUGCAUCCCACCGCAGCGUUGGGUACCGCACUCUGUACGCCAUGGAGGACUUUGCCUUGUUGCAGCAGGCUUUCUUCCUGAACCCACAAUACCGGAGUGCCCUGGAUAACUACUGGAAGAACGAGGGCUUGCUGCCUGACUGCCUCUCGUCCAACUUCAUGUUUCUCAGUGUGGCUCUGGAGCUCUGCCAGCGCAUCACCCUCUACGGAUUCUGGCCCUUCCUGCAUGACCUGGCCAACAAGCUUAUCCCUGGCCACUACUACGAGGACACAUUGCGUCAUCCCCACGCAUAUAUCAAGCCCAGGGAGUUCUCGUGUUAUCUGCACAUGUAUGCGCAGGGUGUGCUGCGGUUACGAUUGGGAAAGUGUCAUUGAGAGAGGGGUUUGUAUACGUGGGUGGGGGUUGAUACAUUGUGUUUCAAACAGAAACAGGCCAGGCAAGCGUGCUCACAUUGCACUGCACAGCACGGCCUGAAGGUGGCAGCACAGAGUUUGAUACUAGCAUGUACAAGUGCUUCUAGAAGGUUCUUCCAGGAGGAUUGAUUUGCAGAAGCAAUUCCCGUCUUCUUCUAGAAUAGGGAUGGGGAACUUGUGUGGCCCUCCGGAUGUCACCCUCUGCCUCAUCCAGCAUAGCCAAGGAGUUGGGGUCUGGCAACAUCUGGAGGGCCACAGGCUCCCCCUUCCUGUUCUAGAGGAGCCGUUGUUGCUUGAUACAUCUGGAAUCUCCUGAAACAGGGUCCAUUUCAGAAGGAUCAAGUUGGUCUCCAGUUCUUUAUUGAACACAGAGUUCUAUAAGCAGCUUGAGCAAGGAAGUGACAUUUAUAUAUCCCUCUGCACCCCAAAAUGAGCUUUGGGAUAUGCUGUUUCAUAAGUCCCCAUAACCGUGGCUUGGGGACAUCAGACUAUAAAUUGUGUUAUGCAAAAAUCCACCCUUUGGACUACACAAUCAGCUGAUUGCCGGCACUUGCAAAGUGCUGUACACAGGGUUCUGCAAACCCUUUUUGCCCCAGCUGCCUCUCUACCAGCCUGACCCCCAUGGCAUAUAUGAUGACAGGUGUACGCACAGGUGGAGUUGGCUUGGCCAAAACAGCCACACUGGCCAAGUGGAGAGGCCUGACAGGGACUGGCGGCUACAGGAAAGGCUGGUGUACCCUGAAGGGGACAGCCUCCCAGUCAUAGAGACGCAGGGCAUGAGGUUAUUUAGGGCUACAAGGGCAUGUCAACGUCAGUCUCUCUUACUCAGGCUGCUAAUAUACUCCUCGUAUUCCAGAGCCUGGAAGCAACCUGAGCCUCAUCAAUUGGGAGAGGGGAUUUCCCCCUGUAGAAUCUGGCUGCCGGAGAGUUUAUCUGUGUAUGUUGCAUUUUUUAACCCAGGGUGGGAUUUGUGGGGCAAUUCUGCUCCCUUGCCCAUCUCCUACCCAGUCCCUUCUGGAGCACUUCACAUUGCUGGAGGCUUGGGGGGCCAACAAGGCCAGGCAGAGAGUUGCCAACGCUUUUUGUAGCAAGGGAAGGAGAAAGGCUCCCCCGGAGACACACACGCACAUCCUUCCCAGAUCUGUUGUGGAGCAACAGGCAGUCUGGACCAGAACACGCGUUCCAUGCCAACCCUGGUUGUUUUUUGGGGUUCUUUACAGCUUAACCUCUUUUCACGUGUUACAGGUAUGUAAGGGGGACUGUGGAAUCUGAACUCAAAACUGUUCAAAUCUUCAGAGUGUGAACAAA